AACUACACCACAUCAACAAAAUGCCACCGAAACGUAUGACAGCGAACCCGAUAAAGCCAUCGCGCCAUCGCGCCGGAAAAAAUACGGGCGCAGAUUCGUCAUCAGAUUCUGACGACAGCGGAACUGAAGAGCCCUCUGUCCCGCCUCCCCCAAAGGCCCCAAGCGCUACGAAGAUUGCCAACAAUCUGAGGCAGGUCGAUCUUAAUGCGCAUAGAAAAGAGGGCGAAGCAGCAGAGGCGCGAAGGUUGGCGGCACAGAAGGCCGAGAAACUCGCAGCCGAAGAAGGCUUUGUGACCGACGAAGAAGACGAGGAGGAUGAGGAGGAAGAUGAUGACGAAGAAGAGGAGUCUUCAGAAGAAGAAAGUAGCGAGGAGGAAGCGCCGAGGCGACUAAUGAUGCGACCGAAAUUCGUACCGAAAAGCCAGCGCGGCAAACCCACAAAUGAAGUAAACGAAGAAACAGCGAGACUCGCCGAAGAAGCUGCGAAGAAGAAAGCCGCGGACGAGCUUGUCGAGGAGCAAAUAAAGAAGGAUCUUGCAGCCAGAGCCGCAGGCAAGAAACACUGGGAUGACGACGAAAACGAAGACUCAGAUGUCGACACUACAGAUGGCCUUGACCCUGAAGCCGAAGAAGCUGCCUGGCGUGUACGCGAACUCAAGCGCAUUCGACGAGCCCGUGUCGAGAUAGAGGAGCGCGAAGCCGAGCUUGCUGAGGUGGAACGACGCCGCAACCUCACCGAGGAGGAGCGCAAGGCCGAAGACGAGGAAUAUUUGGCUAAGCAACAAGAAGAGAAGGACAGCAAAGGCAAGAUGGCGUUCAUGCAAAAGUACUAUCACAAGGGUGCCUUUUUCCAAGAGGAAGCGGAAGCAGCUGGUCUGCUUCAACGCGACAUCAUGGGCAGCCGUAUUGCUGAUGACGUCCGCAAUCGCGAAGCACUUCCCGAGUAUCUACAGCGACGAGACAUGACCAAGCUGGGCCGCAAAGGUGCCACAAAGUACAGAGACAUGCGCACCGAAGACACGGGCAGCUGGGGCGCACUGCAUGACGGCCCGCGCCGGGACAGAGGUCGCUUUGAGGAUGAUAGAUUCAAACCAGACGAUGACCGCUUCCAACCCGACGAGAGAGAUGCCAAGGGUGCAAACAGAAUACCCCUUGGUGACAGGCGUGACCGGCGUCCGCGAGACGAUAGCCGUGGCCGUGAUAGAUCGAGAUCACGGUCACCAAGGCGAGAGCGGGAUGAUGAUCGAGGUACGCGAAAGCGAAGCACCUCGCGAGAAGGUGAUCGAUACGACAGCGAUAAAAGAAGGCGCCUUGAUGCCGAAUCAUGAAAUAUGUUAAAGCAGGUGUAGGGU